AUGUCAAUUUUUUCGAAUUGUUCAAAUAAUAUUGAAAUUCAAUCGAAAUUAUUGAACUGUACUGAAUAUUCGGGUGAUCCAUGUCAAUUAUUAGAGGUAGAUUGAAAAAUUUCAGAUGUUUCCCAUUCAUUUUUGCUGUUUCAGAAUGUGCAAACAAUUUUGGACAUCUUAUAUUGGGCCAACUUUUUGUUCCCAACUAUAUUUUUUAGUAUUGCGUUAUUCGGUAAAUCUAUAUAUUUGAUGAUCUUAAUUCCAAUGUAUAUCAAUAGUGAUGAAAGGUUCGUGAAUUCAAAAGUCAUCCUUGAUCUUCACAAAACCAUUUUUCUCAGUAUCAGAAAAAGUUAUGCGUUCAUAAUAAGUCGAUGUAUUUCUUCAUUUUCUGCUAUUAUCUCAAUGUUCAUGCUUCGCACAAUUCUCUACAAAAAUUCGAAUUAUGCUGAAGUUUUCCUAAUCAUGUUGGUAGAUGAUUUGAGUUUCUUCAGUUUGCUGGGUUUGUUUUUUUUUGAAAUUGUAUUCAUUAAUAAUCCAAACUUUAUGUAAAGGAGCAUAUGUGAAUCUGUCAAUUCUGAUUUAUUUUGCUUCAACUUAUCCAAUGUAUUAUUGUCAAAAAAUCACACUUCGUAGAAUUUAUUACUUGAUUGCACUGAAUUGGACGAUCUCUUUGCUGAUAUCGGUAAUUUUCAGCGUUAAAUAGUUUUUUUUAUCUCAAAAAAUUUCUUUAAGAUUCUGAGUGCAUUGUUUCAAGCGUCAACAUUUUCAAUUGGCGGGCCGAUUGAAUGCGAUAAAGUGACUUGUGAACCAAUUCUUGAUUUUAUUAUAUGUAAGAUGACUGUAAGUUUCCACAUAAUCAAUUUCUUUUUUCUCAGAUCUCAUAAUCCUGAUCUCUUUUACUCUAACAAUUUUAACAAUGUCAUUUGUCCUUGUAAAUUUAAUCCGACGUCAUAAAAAUCUAGGAAAUCAGAAAGAAGCUGUCAUACGACUUUUUUGCACUCUCGUGUUCUUCACGAUGUUUGCAUUGACUGAAGCAAUCGCAUCAACUUUUUUAAUUGGACAAGUUUAUAGUAAGAUUAGAAAAACAGUAAUAAUUUUACAUGAUACAUAUGUUUCAGACAAUUCAGACAGUAAUUGUGAGAACUUCUAUAAUUCCCAUGCUCUCAUCAAAGCAGCAAUUUUUACAUCUCUUCAAACUUUGGCCUGGUGAGUUAGACCUCUUUUCGAAUUGUUCAAAAUACGUGGAUGUUUAAGGUCAAUCGCAUUAUGCAUCGAUCCAUUUUUAGGAAUAUUCUUUGAUUCCUUCUUGAAAUCACAAGUCUCGAAAUUCUUGGAGAAUAACAAAUUUUGGAACUAUUUGAUCUUCAAAAUCAGUUUCUUCAAAAUUUAUCGAUUUGCAUGA